UGAUGUGGUUGGUCGGCCCCACAUACCAUGCUCCUAUUGUACAUUCCCAUGCCACUCUCUUAGUGCUAUUUUUCCCCCAAGGAUUGGAACGCUUCUCAGCAUAUUUAUAAUCUGCUUGCCUUGUAUAUCUCCGACGGCAGCUAGACAGGUAUCUCGAUGGUAUCAUGGACAGUCAUUCAUUUCUUAGCAGAAUAGCGGGAUCAUACUGCAGCAUCCGUUUGCUCUUAGCCUCCUCAAGUGCUAGUCAGUCACUGAGCACGGUACACCGGGCAAUGUUGUGGCCGGCUUCGGGAUUGGUGGCCACAGGCCACAAACGUAAUCUCCGCCAAUGGUCAGGAGAUCUGAUUGAAAUGCUAAUUUUAGACCUCCGCCGCAGGGGUAAUCCCACGAAUAAUGCGAUUGCAGGGCAAACUUUGCUGUCACUCUGAUCUGUUACGUUGCACCAAUCCGUCCCCUUUGCUCUCG